CUGCGCAUUGCGGCGCUGACUACACGUUGAGCGGAAAGCAUGGCGGACGACGUUGUGGAAAACGUGAACCCAAACACAGAGGAAACGCCUCAAGAUUCGUGUAGUACGGAUGUUAUCGAACAUCUUGAUGGCGGCGAAAACGAGGUGACGGUGAAGAGCUUCAAGGAGUUGGGCGUCACCGAGGUCCUCUGUCAGUCAUGUGAUCUGCUGGGAUGGAAGACUCCGACAAAGAUUCAAGUAGAAGCGAUUCCUGUAGCCCUGCAAGGGAAAGAUAUCAUCGGCCUGGCAGAGACUGGUUCUGGAAAGACGGGGGCCUUCGCUCUGCCCAUCCUGCAGUCCCUGCUGGCUUCGCCCCAGAGGCUCCAUACCCUCGUCCUCACCCCCACCAGGGAGCUGGCGUUUCAGAUUGCUGAGCAGUUCGAGGCCCUGGGCUCCAGCAUCGGCGUCAAGUGUGCUGUCAUAGUCGGAGGAAUCGACAUGAUGUCCCAGUCAAUGGUGUUGGCUAAAAAACCGCACAUUAUUAUUGCCACACCUGGUCGCUUGAUCGACCACAUGGAGAACACGAAGGGCUUCUCCCUACGAGCUCUGAAGUUCUUGGUCAUGGACGAAGCGGACCGAAUCCUGAACAUGGACUUUGAGACUGAGGUGGAUAAAAUCUUGAAGGUGAUUCCCAGAGAGCGGCACACCUACUUGUUCUCUGCCACCAUGACAAAAAAGGUCCAGAAGCUACAGCGGGCCGCUCUGAAAGAUCCUGUAAAGUGUGCAGUGUCCACCAAAUACUCCACGGUGGACAAACUGCAGCAGUAUUACAUCUUCAUACCAUCAAAGUACAAGGACUGUUACCUGGUAUCCAUCCUGAACGAGCUGGCCGGCAACUCCUUCAUGAUUUUCUGUGGCACGUGUAACAAUGCCCAGCGGGUGGCGCUGUUGUUAAGGAACCUCGGCAUCACAGCCAUCCCUCUUCACGGCCAGAUGAGUCAGAACAAACGCCUUGGAGCACUGAACAAGUUCAAGUCCAAGUCUCGAUCGGUGCUGCUGGCGACCGACGUGGCGUCCAGAGGGCUGGACAUUCCUCACGUGGACUGCGUCAUCAACUACGACAUCCCCACCCACUCCAAGGACUACAUCCACAGAGUGGGACGAACAGCCAGAGCCGGGCGGUCUGGGAAAUCCAUCACUUUUGUCACUCAAUACGACGUGGAGCUUUUUCAGCGGAUCGAAACCCUCAUUGGGAAGAAGCUUCCUGCCUUCCCAACCCAGGAGGAGGAGGUGAUGAUGCUGGUGGAGAGGGUGAGCGAGGCCCAGAGGUUUGCCAGGCUGGAAAUGAAGGAGCAGGGUGAGAAAAGGAAAAGACCCAAAGGAGGAGAUGGAGACCAGGAUGACACAGAUCAAGCAAGCGGUGUGAGGAAGAAAGUGAGAGGCGGGGAGGGAAGUGGAGGAGGCCGAGGAAGAGGAGGAGGAGGAGGGGGGGGGAUGAAGAAGAGGGGUGCAGCAGCCUGGAGGGGAGGACGCUGAAGCCUCCUAAACAGAUUGUACAUAACAAUACCUUUUCUUGUUUUUGUUGUAAAACUUUAUCAUGAUGUCUGCAUUUAGUAUAGGAGGUAUUUAAUUACAGAAAACAUGCUUUCCCUGCCUCUCUGUGAGAUUCUUUCAUUUGUAAUAAAAUGACACUGUAAAACAUG